GCACUCAAAAAGCACUUAUAAAAACCCAGCACAGGGGGGUCGAUAAAUACAAUCACCGAAGACAAUUUAGAAUUAACUAUGGCAACAAAUCAGUAUGGACCAUACUUACUAACACGUUUACUUCUACCAUUACUCAAAAAAAGUGCACCAAGCCGAAUCGUUAUUGUGGCCUCAGAAUUGUAUCGAUUUGCCAAAUUAAAUUUAGACAAACCAAAUCCAACAAAUCAGAUUCCCGCCUAUCUGUACUACGUGUCUAAGUAUGCAAACAUCAUGUUUUCAAAUGAAUUGGCAAGAAGAUUGAAUGAAAGUAACUCAGGUGUUACUUGUAAUUGUCUUCAUCCUGGUAUGAUCGAUUCAGGUAUAUGGAGAAAUGUUCCUUUUCCACUAAAUUUGCCCAUUCAAUUGGUUGUUAAAACAAUGUUUAAGACCUCUGAACAAGGUGCACAAACAACAAUCUAUUUAGCUGUUAGUGAAGAUGUAGAAAAAACAAAUGGAAAAUACUUUAAAGAUUGCAAAGAAGCCAGCCUAAGAAAUGACAUACUCAACGUAGAAAACCAGAAAAAGUAUUGGGAUAUUUGCGAGAAACUUGUGAAAAUUGGACCAUGCGAUCCAAGGGUUUAACUUAAUAAAACAUUUUUAUUUUAUCCAUAUGACUAAAAUAAAAAUAUCGUUCUUGAUAUUUUAAAAAUAAAAUAAAACAAGUCGUAAACAACAAA